GGUGUAGAACACACACAAAGUAGAACAACAUCGUCUUUAUUCUAAGUCUCCUUCUUUAUGGGAGAAAGAAUGAAGACAUUAUUGAAAAUUAUGGUGCCAGCAGUUACCAUCCUGAGCUUACUACAGAUAUCGAUUGUAAGCGGAACAUAUGUAAUUUCUUAUCCCAACUAUGUUGAAAGUAAUAUGCCUAUAAAGGUUGGUGUCGGUGUCUUAAAUAUGAGUCAAUCACAAGUGAACGUGACAGCAUCAGUUACAAGUGGAGGCAAUGUAUUAGGAGCUAAUACGACUUCAUUCUCCAUGAACUCGUUUGGUUUACUCAGCAUUUCACCAGUACCGAUUUCAGCACCAAACACUAACCUCACAUUGGUAAUGAAUGGAACUACAGGAAAUGGAACAUUAUUUUCUUUGACAAAACAGUUAAAAACAGAUUACAGAUGGCCAUCUAUCUUUAUACAGACUGAUAAAGCUUCUUACAAAGCAGGACAACAAGUCAAUCUCCGUAUUGUGUCCAUCUAUAACAAUCAGCAGCCUUACCAAGGCUUUAUGAAUAUUACUAUCCUGGACUCAAAAAACAGGUUUAUGCAGGAAUGGACUGAAGUGCAGUCGGUGAUGGGAAUGAUUUCAAAGCAGUUCCAGUUGUCUAGCGAGCCUCCCACUGGUGACUGGACAAUUAAAGUUACCAAUAAUGAAACAACUGAAAUCGUGAAACAUUUCGCUGUAGUUGCAAAAGUGUCACAAGGGUUUGAUGUUACUGUGGCAGCUCCACCCACAUAUAUCGCAUUAAAGAAACAGAGCCUAAGUGGAAACAUCACUGUAUUGGAUACCAAUGGCAAAGGUGUGACAGGAAAUGCAAAAAUAACUAUAAAUGUUGGAUACCCCUACAACCUUUACAGCAAUCCACAAUUCUUCAUGCGCUACUCAGACUACAGCUUUAUUAAACAAAAUGUCACUGUUACCAAAACAUUUUCGGUUUCAGGAUCAGUACAAUUCGUCUUUACUUCUGACGAAGUGGAACGUUGCCUUAACACAACCAUUUUGUCACUGUAUGUGUCAAAUAACACUUAUAUAACUGCCUCACUAUUCAUCACUGCAGUUGUGACUGAGACUGUUACAGGUACCACAAGAAAUGGAACUGCAUUUGUUAUCCUGACACCUAAUGCAUACAAGCUGCAAUUCAAUGAUUAUCCUAGGACUUUCAAACCAUCCUUAAACCACACAACACUUCUCAAAGUCAAAAGAAGCGAUGAGACUCAAAUAACAACAAGUGACAUGAAAGUACCAGUCGUGGUCGUCAUUCAGCAGUACCCUUCAAAUCACAGCCAAGCGUUGAACCGAGUUGCAAGAAGCAUUGAUGACCUUGAUAUUGAUAUAGAAAUCUAUGAAGUGUUAAAUCGAAUUAAAAGAUCCCCGACCAUAGAUCCCUAUGAGACUACUGAUUACAUGUCAACAGCUAGUACUACUGAAAAGACUACUUUCAUUCAGACAACUGAAAUUCCUACUACCGUUUCUUCCAGUACUAUUGCUGCAACUACUGAGCCUAGUACUGCUACUACUGAUACUAGAAAUACUACUAUUGCUGGCACUACUACUACUAUUACCAUUAAUACAACUUCUGAUACUUCUAUCAGUAGUACUACUCCUACCAACCCUAUUGUUACUACGGAUGCAGGUAUUUCUACUACUUCUGUUACUGCUUCCUGUCAAAAUACUACAUUGACUACUACUACUACUACUGCUAUUACUACUAACACUAUUCCUGCUGUAGGAUCAAUGUCUUAUUCUAGCUCUACCUUUUCAACAUCACCCAACUCAUAUUUGACCACUUACUCUUCUUUAGCAGCUACUGCGAGUAAUGCCAGCUCUCAACAAAGUACUGCUAUUACUACUAACACUAUUCCUGCUGUAGGAUCAAUGUCUUAUUCUAGCUCUACCUUUUCAACAUCACCCAACUCACAUUUGUCCACUUACUCUUCUUUAGCAGCUACUGCGAGUAAUGCCAGCUCUCAACAAAGUACUGCUAUUACUACUAACACUAUUCCUGCUGUAGGAUCAAUGUCUUAUUCUAGCUCUACCUUUUCAACAUCACCCAACUCACAUUUGACCACUUACUCUUCUUUAGCAGCUACUGCGAGUAAUGCCAGCUCUCAACAAAGUACUGCUAUUACUACUAACACUAUUCCUGCUGUAGGAUCAAUGUCUUAUUCUAGCUCUACCUUUUCAACAUCACCCAACUCACAUUUGACCACUUACUCUUCUUUAGCAGCUACUGCGAGUAAUGUCAGCUCUCAGACAAGUACUUCACUCUACCCUGUGUCUACUUCUUUUCCUACUAGUACACCUCGCUUAAGUUUCAUUAGCUCUCAGAGAACUGGAUUUACUUUGACUUCAACUCCAGCAACAGCAUGCGAUAAUCUUCCUGCAGAAGUGACCUGCCAGAUAAUGACCUUCAGCAUUCCAGUUGAUGGGAAUAUUGAUAUCAGUUUUCCUGUGAAAGCCAAUACUACAGAUGUCUACAUCCAGGCUAAUUACCAAGAUGUCCAGGCAUGGCAGUGGUUUAAGAACAACAUAUAUUCAGCUACUGCAUUCAUCCAGAUUCGUAAGCCACCUUCUACACUAAUGGUUGGGUCUCCAUUUGAUGUAGUGUUUGAUACCACAGAACAAAGAGGCACAUACUUUUAUAUGAUUAUAAGCAGUGGACAUGUAGUGGCUACAGGAAAAGUAACUUCAACAACAUUUACUUUGACACCUGAAAACUCCUGGGCUCCAACUUCCACUCUGGUUGUGUACUACGUAAAUGACAGGAAUGAGAUUAUAAGUGAUACCCUCGUGCUCCCUGUACAGUAUAUGUUCAACAAUAAGGUUGUUUUGUCCUGGAGCAAACAACUAGCUCUUCCAUCUGAAACUGUUUCACUGACCAUCACAGUAAAUGAACCAAAUUCAAAAGUUGGGCUGCUAAUUGCAGACAGCAGUGCAUUACUUUUGAAGAAUGAUUUCAAUGCUGCAAAUGUAAUAAAUGCAUUGAUGGGAUACAACUCAACUCCAUUUACUGAUAUAAAUAAUCCUUUCACCAGCAAGUAUCUGAAUUUUUCAGUCCAGAGUGAUGCAGUCGCACCUGCCUUUGAAGACCCAUUCUAUGACCAGUACCCUAUUGAAGAAAUGGGGAAAGCUAUAUCAUUGAGUCAGUUGAUCCCUACGAUCUUCCCAGAUACUUGGAUAUGGCAGGAUGUUUCCAUUGAAGCUGGAACAACUACAACUCUGAAUCUGACCCUGCCUGAUACAUCGACAACAUGGGUGGCAAGUGCUUUUGCAUUAUCAAGCACUCGUGGGUUCGGUUGGACCACAGAUUUUGCCCAGAUUAAAACUUUUCAGUCUUUCAAGAUGGCUUUAAAUGUUCCAUCUACAGUUACCAAUGGAGAAAAUGUGGUCAUUGAAGUAGUCGUGUUCAACACUCAACAGACAACAUUGACAGUUAUUGUGAUGCUUCAAAAAAGUGCUGCUUUUACCCCGUUUGGACAAAGUAGUGCCAACAAUGCUCAAAGCAUGUACCAGAUAUCAAUGCCUGGCCAGUCUAGUAAGAGUGUCUUUUUCCCAAUUACACCAACACAAAUUGGACAAAUCCAUAUUGAUAUAAUAGGAAGAUCAGGUGGUACCGAACUCUUCAAAACUGGGUCAAUAUAUGUCAAGGCUAAGGGAAUUCCAAAAUUAUUUUCUAUGAGUACCCUAGUGAGCAUUUCAUCUUCAUCCAGUCAGACCAAAACUCUGAAUUACACUUUCCCAUCAAAUAUAGUGCCCGGGAGUGAACAAAUAUCUGUCAGUGUUAUUGGUGACAUGAUGGGACCCUCAAUAUCUGGACUGGAUUCUCUUAUCCAGAUGCCUUAUGGCUGUGGAGAACAGAAUAUGAUUAAUUUUGCUCCAAGUGUGUAUGCAAUGCAAUACUUACGCAACACAGAUCAAGUAAAACCAGAUGUGGAGGCCAGAGCUAUGGCAGCCAUAAGCACAGGGUACCAGAGGGAACUAACAUUUUUCAGGAAUGACUAUUCAUUCAGUGCAUUUGGAAGUUAUGAUUAUUCUGGAAGUACUUGGUUAUCUGCGUUUGUUAUAAAAUGCUUUCUUCAAGCCCGGUCAUUCAUAACUAUUGACAAUUCCGUAUUAUCUAUGACUAUAUCCUGGCUUAUGAAGUUUCAGCAAGCUACUGGAGAAUUCAUUGAGCCUGGACGUGUUAUUCACUCUGAACUUAAAGGUGGACAGAAUUCUGCAGUAACACUUACAGCCUUCAUACUGAUAGCUAUCACUGAACAACCAGUUUAUGUAAAUUCUUAUCCAAAUAAUGUGACCAAAGCUGCUCAGUAUCUUGAAAAUCAACUGCAAUCAAUAAAAGAUAAUACAUACUCCCUUUCAAUUGUAACAUAUGCCUUGGCUCUGGCGAACAGUACCAUGGCAAAUGAAGCUUAUUAUCUGCUGUCACUGAAAGCAACGCAACAAGGUGAUUUAAUGUACUGGACAACAACUCCUGUCACUCUGGGUUACUGGUACCCACCACGAUCAGUGGACAUUGAAGCCACAGCAUAUUCACUGUUAGCAAAUAUGAGACUCUUUGGUGCUGCAAAUGGGACAUCUAUCAUGAAAUGGCUGAGUCUACAACGAAGCUCCCUUGGUGGUUUCAUGUCUACACAGGACACUAUUAUAGCGUUGCAAGCCCUCUCGCAAUUUGUUGCCAUUUCCAAAUCAUUACCAGCCAGCUUGAACAUUAGAGUAUCACAACCUGGAGUAUCUAGCCAACCAACGUUCACAAUUACUAAAGACAAUAUGUUGCAAAAACAGACGCAGAAGCUUGAAGUUAAAAAUCCUCUGAAUAUUUCUGCAACUUGCCAAGGAAGUGGAACGGUACUUGUUCAGGUUGAUAUAUCUUACACAGUUACGCUGCCAAGUGGAUCCAGAAAACGUAGAGAUACCAGUUCAACAGAUAUUUUUAACCUUAACAUUACUGUUCGAGAUGAUCCAGCCAAUAUGGACCAUCUUGAUGUUGAGGCUUGUACUAGCUUAAUUCCUCAGGGUAAUACCACAGAAACUGGCAUGGCUAUAAUGGAAGUCACUUUACCAAGUGGUUUUGUUCUGUCUGCAGCUGGAGUAAAUCAAAGUGAUUUGAUUCCCAAAGUGGAAAACCAGAAUGGCAAAGUUAAUAUAUACUUCUAUUCGAUAAACACAACAGAUAUCUGUGUCAGUAUUCCAGCUGUCAGGCAGUCCAAUGUAGCAAAUGCCCAGGAUGCAUACAUAUCAGUUUAUGACUAUUAUGACCCAAGUAAAAUCACAACAAAAACAUACAACUCUCCUGUUCUCACAAAUAUAGAUCCAUGUCAGUUUUGUGGAGUAAACUGCUCCUUGUGCAAGUCAAAUGUAGACCCGACUACACUUGCCCCCUCAACUGAAAUGAUAUCUGUAGGAUCUGCAACUGAAACAACUGUGGGAAUUAUAACUGUAUCGUCAACUGUGAAAUCUACAACUGUAAAAACAGUUGUGGGAUCUGCAUCUGUACAUUUGCCCAUUGGAAUAAUUCAUAUUCUGCUUGGUGUUCUGAUGACUCUAAGAUAAUUCAACCACACUAUAUGUCAUCUGACUUCAAAACUGUAAGGUUGUAGGUCUGAUAACUAUAAAAAAAGGCAUGAAUUAAAGCAUCCAUCAUUAAGAAAAGAAAUGUUGCAAAUUUUUGAAAUUAUUCAUUCAUAUUUGAAAAAUAAAUAUAUGCUGUGUUGCAUUGUAUCUAUACACUUCAUAUUUUCCUCUCUUGCUUGUCUUUGCUGUUGCUUGUGAUUAAAAUUCAUUUAUUUUUCUGUUUUAUUUUUAUUUAGAUAUGGGUAAGGUAUAAUAGAUAUAAACUGUUCCAUUUUCAUCCAUCAGAGGAAGCACACCGUGAAUAAUGCAUACAAUAUAAGCACCACUUAAUUUGCAAAAUAACAUUUUAACCAUAACAGAUCAGCAGUGAGCAGUUUAAAAUAGACUAAAGUGAAUAAUGUCAAGAAGUUGGCAGGAAGUAGAAUUGACACAGUUUACAAUGUUACCAUAAGGUAUAAUGUAACAAAGAUAAUAAUAUAAAAAAAGAUUUAAAAAAAUGCUUUUCAUUCAGU